UUUUUUUCUCCCUAUCAUUUCUCAUAUUAGAGAUUAGAGAAAGAUCAUGGAAGAAACUCGGUAACUUUGCUCCAAUUCUUUAGGAACCAUCCUUCCAUAGUCGACCGCAUUCAACGAGGAAAAGCAUCGGGUCCGCGUGGUGGACCUGUAGUGGUAAUUUAACGUGUAAGGUUUGGUUUCCCAUCGGACUUUUUGAUAACUUGCAUUCACAUCUAAGUACGGUGCAAAUCUACUACUAUUAUAACGUGGGAAGUCUCAUUUUUGUACAGUAUUUUCGUUGGUUCGUUGGUCGUCAGCCUCCCUCCUCUUCCCCUCUUCUUCCUUCCGUCACCCCUAUCUCCCCUUCGUACACCUCCUUCUCUUCCCCCAUAAACCUAAGCCUCUAAAAUGAAAGCAAAAUCAUUCAGUGGCCAAGAAAGCAGCCAAACUCUUAUUUCGAUUCAUAAUUCCCAGGUGUCCUUAGUUUUUCUCAUUUGUGGAUUUGGGUGUUUCAUCGGAGCAAUUGCUGGAUUGGUUCAUGAUUUCUUGGUAAUUUAGUAAUUCCGUCGGAGUAGUUACCGAUUGGUGCUCCAAAAAGGAUGUUCUUAGAUCAUAUAUAGCAAUUGACAAAGCUGUACAUUGAUUGCCAUCUGUUCGAGAUGUUACCAAUUUAUGUCGGUGGAUUUGGCAGCGAAGACGCUCCUCAACUGUUUGAUAAAAUGACCAAGAGAGAUAAUAGACUCGAAGUUACUUAAAUGUACAAAUAAGCUCAAUUCAGAGUGCUACACAGCCUACACAUAGAGUCGAUUAAUUGAAAGGUCCAUUUUGCUGGACGAUUCUACUCUUCCCAAUAUCCAAAAUUUCAUUAUCAUUUGAAAAUAUGAGGUUUUGUUUUCUCGAAUUCAGAGAGCUCCCAAUAAGUUUUGGAAAAAGGAGGUUUGGUUUACAUAGUUUCUAUUAGCAACCGUAAAAAACCAUGUACAAGUAUAAAAUUUGAAAUGAAUGAUCUCUGAGCUUUCUGGUAUUUGUAAAUAUAGGUAAACAAUAAAAUGAGUUAUUAAAAAUAAGAUAUAUUUUCAUGUGUUACAAUAUUAUUAGAAUCAAUCCAAGAAAACAAUCCCACAAGAAUUAAGCGUGAAAUAAGUUAUACCAAAAAAAAAUUGUUUUCGUUUGUUAAAAAUGCAAAAGAGAAAAAACGCUUAAAAAUAAUCUUUUUAGUCUAAUAAUUGGUCACAAUUAAUGUAUAAUCUCAUUUAAAAAUUAAAAUUACCAAAUUAUAUUGACUCCGCGUAGCGGGUGCCAUGAAAUUCUUAAUAUAAUGAAAGUGUGGUUUCUCUUAGUUCACAUUGAGUUUUAAAUUUUAUAUUAUUUUUAGUAUAAAUUUUAAAAGGGAAUUUAAUGUAUUUUUCUGCUACAAAUGGAGUAUGUAAGAGGAAAAAAAACUAGAAAUGAAUUAAGGGAGUCUCAUUCACCAACUUUAGUAGCCACCUGCAUAAUAAAUCUAGUAUAUAUUUUUUUCUGAAUUAUUAUUUUAAGACAGGAAAAAUUAAGUCCAUACUAAAAAUUCUCUACGAUGAAAUGUGACACAUGUAUGGAGCAAUUUUGCGUAGAAGUUUCAAAAACAGGUCAUCAUUCCGUGUCGUUAUUUUUCAAAUAGAAACACAUUAUCUAAUUAAUAAAGAUUCCUUUGUUCAACUCCUGUCUUCAUCUAUGCUCCAGGCGACAACGAAGAGAAAUGAGCCGGAGUUUCAGGAUGGAUGAAGGCCCAUCUUCAUCUUCAUCAUCAUCAUGGAGAAGGCUGCGAAGAUCCAACAGUUUACUAUUGGCAUCUGAAUUAGCUGUGGACUCCGAGUUUGCAACAAUCGGCCCCUACCAAAGGCUUUCGCAGUCCAUGCAAAUUGAUUCCGGAUCAGGAUUUCUCUGUAAACCCAAUAAUAUUCAUCUGAGCAAGGGCGGAGCUGCUACAGCUUGGACCGGUAAGCUCGGGAAGCUUUUUACCUUCAAAGGGAUUCGUGGCAGAUUACAAGUGCCGGUGGCCGGGAACAAGCCAGUACCGGAACUGGGUGUGGCGACUCAGCCAGCUAACAAGAAAAAACGAUCAUCUUGGCUUCCUGAUCCUGAUCGAAGAUGGCCCGUUCAAGGAUGGUGAUUCCUUUGAUUUUUUAUUUUUUUUUUCAGAUUUAUUUCCGUUAAUUUUCCAGCGUUUGACAAAUUUUGGAUCCAGAACCAGAGGUUGUAAAUAGUCAAAUAUUCAAAGAGUACGUUACAACGUGGAAGUGUCUUAUGCCAGAGUGUAAUUGACUCGGUCAAAUUGUGUUAUUCAUUUUUAAAAUUGGAUUGCGAUAGUGUUUGGUAUUAUUCAUGUUUUGUAGUAUCAAACUUUGGCGUGUAUCUUUCACUUCCAAUGGAACAAUACGCAAUGAUAAAUUCCUAGAAACACCGUGAUUCCCUAAUUUAGGAGUUACCAGUUCGUCGCACUCGACAUCAAAGUGUCAUCAAACGCUUCAUUUGCA